UUAGCCAGGCAGGCGAGAGAAAAAAAACAUUUAGAAAUAUAAAAAAAAUUGAAUUUUGAAAAGUGAAAAAUCUAUAGACUUAAAGACUACAGCAGAGAGCAAGAGACAGAUUCCACUUUUCAGAAAAAUCUGUCAUAUAUAUAGUAUGUCACGGAAAUAAUAAGCAUAUAUUAAAUAUUUAUAAUACAUAAUUUAAUAAUUAUUCGUGCUACAAACAAUCAAUGUUAAUAUAAUGACAUUGGUGUUACGAGAAUGAAGCUGAUUACUCAUAACAUGCUGACAUCAAAAUGUUUGAAGGGAGUACUCACAGGUUAUCCUCUAGCGAUUAACGCUACUGAUGUGAAGGUGAACGAAGUUGACUUUAACCCAGAGUUCAUAUCUCGAAUCAUACCCAAACUGGACUGGGAAGUUUUGUGGAAAGCUGCAGACAGUUUAGGCCACAGUGACGGGCUACCCCAGACAGUGGAAGCUAAUUACGAAGCAAACCAAGAGUUCUUGAAAAAAGCUCAUCGAGUUUUACUUGAAGUAGAAGUCGAAGAGGGAUUCCUAACAUGUCCUGAAUCAGGGCGACAGUUUCCAAUAACAAAAGGCAUACCAAAUAUGUUGCUAACAGAAGCUGAAGUUCAAUAAAGGAGUUCUAAAAACUUA